AAUUUAUCCCAUUGUGAAAGCAAGAGCAGCUACAAAGAGAAAGGCGACAGGAUGUUCUCCAAACUUCUGAAAUUUCAGCUCAGCUUAACAACUGGAAAACGCCUGCACCAUAAAAUUUCUCGCGAAGCUUUCGAGGCGCCGGAUUUGAAAAAGACGGUGACGAGCAGUUUUGGCUCAUUUAUCUCGGGAGUUGAAGUUGAUCAUCUCUCGGAGACGGUUUUACAGAGGAGCAAACGCAUGAUCCUAGACAACAUUGGAGUCGGAAUCCUGGGCAGCACCAGCCCGGUGUUUGAUAUUUGCCUAAAUUACUGCCAGCAAAUGUACGCUCAAGACCCAGUCAGCUCAGUCUACGGACGCAAAGGAUUAAGACUUUCGCCGACUCUGGCCGCUUUCGCCAAUGGAGUCGCGGCACAUUCAAUGGAUUUUGAUGAUACUUGGCACCCUGCCACCCACCCGUCUGGAGCUGUACUUCCCGCCCUCCUUGCUGCUGCCCAGAUGUUACCUACAAACUCCAAACCCACUGGACUCGACUUCCUCUUGGCUUUUAAUGUGGGCAUUGAAGUUCAGGGCAGGUUAAUGCACUUCUCGCAAGAGGCGAACAACAUCCCCAAGAGAUUUCACCCUCCCAGUGUGGUUGGGACAAUGGGCAGUGCUGCAGCCAUAGCCAAAUUCCUUUCACUUAAUGACAAUCAAUGUGUUCAUGCCCUAGCUAUUGCAGCUUCACUCUCAGGGGCACCAAUGGCCAAUGCAGCCACUCAGGCAAAACCCAUCCAUAUUGGCAAUGCCACACGGCUGGGCUUUGAGGCAGCUCUCCUUGCUUCUAAAGGAAUGGAAGGAAAUGUGAAAAUUCUCGACAAGACACUUGGCUGCUUUGGAUUUUCUGCUUUUUAUGGUGACUACGAACCUCAGAAAAUUGCUCCACUUGAACAGACACGAUUUCUACUUGAGGACCAAGAUAUUGCAUUUAAGCGCUUCCCUGCUCAUCUAGGUAUGCACUGGAUAGUAGAUGCUGCUGUCUCAGUUAGGCAGUUGGCAACUGCUAAUGAUGGUGCUUUUUCACCCUCUAUGAUUGACAGAAUAAUUCUGCAUGUCCCUGUUUCCCGUUACAUCAACAGGCCAUUCCCAGAAACAGAACAUGAGGCUCGCCAUUCCUUCCAGUUUAAUGCCUGCUCUGCAUUGUUGGAUGGUGAAGUGAACAUUGAAUCAUUCAGUGAAACUAAACUGCAACGAGAUAGUCUCAAUGAUUUACUUAAAAAAGUGGAGCUUCAACAUCCUGAAGAUAAUGUGGCCAGUUUUGAGAAGAUGUAUGGAGAAGUAGUUCUCCUCCUGAGGAAUAGAGAUGUGCUCAGGGGAAGAUGUGACACCUUCUAUGGACACUGGAGAAACCCACUGUCUAGAGAAUCACUACUCGACAAAUUCAGAAGUAAUGCUUCCUAUGUAUUGGAGCAAAACAAAAUAGAAGCUAUUAUCAACACAGUUGAGAACCUUGAAGAAGUGAGGAAUAGUUCCACGUUAGCCUCUUAUUUGCAGUGAAAAGUAUCAAAUUUCUUGCACUCAUGUUUAAAUAUGAUUUAACAGGUUGAUCAUGCGUUUUCAUGUUUUAUAGGUGGUAUGUAAUCUGUGCAAUAGGGUUUAAUCUUCUGAAACCAUUGAGAAUGACAUUGUUGGCAUUACAAUCUAUUUCUACUAAAAGGGCAAAACUUUGAUCAACAGAUUGGUCAGCUAUAUGAUAUUCUGGGAAUAGGGGAAUAAGGUAAUUUUAAUGUUUUGUACAUUUGCAAAAACAACAUGAUUAUUGAAAUGCAUUCAAGGCAGAUUACAGUGAGGUAUCAGAGAAGUAGAGUGGUACUCUGUGGUACUCUGCAGGUUGGUAAAGAAAUUAUCACCACAGGUAGCAAACAGGCUGUAGUCAUGAGGCAGUUUGCUUUCAGAGAGAUAUUAUGCCUUUCUCUUUUGUAGUUUUUCAUUGAAUCAUGAUGAUGUGUAGGAAUGCAUUUAAAAUCCCAAAGUCACCAGUAACUAAGGAGAAAGGUUAUUAUCUUAGUUAGCAAAGACCAUUUCUUUUGUGCAGAGUCAUUUUUUGCACAUUCAAAUGUGGCUGUGGAUCGCAAACAUACAUGGCUUAUCACAAUGUAGGAACGAUUGAAUUGUCUGCUCUUGUUGGGAUUGUCCAAUCUUUUCCAUGUCACUUCUUUUCCUUAUUUUCUUCAGUUCUUUGCUGU